UGUGUCUCUGUGUGUGAGAGAGAGAGCCAGCGAGUAUGUUCUCAUUAGGGGACGAUCUAUGAUUUGACAGCCUCACUGCUGCUGCUCCUGCUGCUGCUUCUGCUUCUGCUGCGGCUGUAUGGUCUGUCAUUAGUUGAAAAGGGCUGUGAGGGUUUGGAGAAACUGCAGUUUUAAAAACUGAGCACUGCUAAGUGAUCUCCCUGUCAAAUAGAGUAGACGAGCUUUUCUGCGAGAUUAGAAACUUGGACCUAUUACUACUUCAUCUACCCAGAAAAGCAGGCAGCGCUACACAGGAUAAGGGGGACGGAACUGCUGCAAUGAAGGUGGGCACUGGAAAGAAGAUGUUUUGAGAAGUCAGUGUUUCUGAGAAACUUUAACCCAGGAAAGAUGGAAAACGAGACAGUCAUUGAACUGAACCAAACACAGCUUCAGCCACGAGCAGUGGUGGCCUUAGAAUACCAGGUGGUCACCAUCUUACUGGUGCUCAUUAUUUGUGGCCUGGGGAUUGUGGGCAACAUCAUGGUAGUCCUCGUUGUCAUGAGAACCAAGCACAUGAGAACCCCCACAAACUGCUACCUGGUGAGCCUGGCAGUAGCCGAUCUCAUGGUCUUGGUGGCUGCAGGCCUCCCCAAUAUAACAGACAGUAUCUAUGGUUCCUGGGUCUAUGGCUAUGUUGGAUGCCUCUGCAUAACUUACCUCCAGUAUUUGGGAAUUAAUGCAUCCUCUUGUUCAAUAACAGCCUUUACCAUUGAGAGGUACAUAGCAAUCUGUCACCCCAUCAAAGCCCAGUUUCUCUGCACGUUUUCCAGAGCCAAAAAGAUUAUCAUCUUUGUCUGGGCGUUCACAUCUAUUUACUGUAUGCUCUGGUUCUUCUUGCUGGAUCUCAAUAUUAGCACCUACAAAGAUACUAUUGUGAUAUCUUGUGGCUACAAGAUCUCCAGGAAUUACUACUCACCUAUUUACCUAAUGGACUUUGGUGUCUUUUAUGUUGUGCCAAUGAUCCUGGCUACUGUCCUCUAUGGAUUCAUAGCUAGAAUCCUUUUCUUAAAUCCCAUUCCUUCGGAUCCUAAAGAAAACUCUAAGACAUGGAAAAAUGACUCAACCCAUCAGAACACAAAUUUGAAUUUAAAUACCUCUAACAGAUGUUUCAACAGCACAGUAUCUUCAAGGAAGCAGGUUACCAAGAUGCUGGCAGUGGUUGUAAUUCUGUUUGCCCUUCUAUGGAUGCCCUACAGGACUCUUGUGGUUGUCAACUCAUUUCUCUCCACUCCUUUCCAAGAAAAUUGGUUCUUGCUCUUUUGCAGAAUUUGCAUUUAUCUCAACAGUGCCAUCAACCCAGUGAUUUACAAUCUCAUGUCCCAGAAAUUCCGUGCAGCCUUCAGAAAGCUCUGCAACUGCAAGCAGAAACCAACAGAGAAACCUGCUAACUACACUGUGGCCCUAAAUUACACUGUCAUCAAGGAGUCGGACCAUUUCAGCACAGAGCUUGAUGACAUCACUGUCACUGACACUUACCUGUCUGCCACAAAAGUAUCUUUUGAUGACACCUGCUUGGCUUCUGAGGUAUCCUUUAGCCAAAGUUGAUUCAUGAAUUAGAGGAAAACGGACCAUAAAGAAAAUGAGAAUCUGUGUAGUAAUCAACAAAAGGGAGAAUAUGGCCAAUAGUUGUAUGUGAAGACAGAGCAGAUCAGUCUUUGUCAAUCCUCUAACAAGUCCUGGCCCUAGACACUUUAAGGAGGAUGAUUCAGACUUUCCUUCUUUCAAACUAGUAUCACAAAAAAUGAAGCCGAUCUGUGAAAUAGCUAAAUGAUUAAAAACUGAAAGUUUAGCCCUUUUCGUUUAACUUAAGAAAUUUACUAUAUUUUCUGGGCUUACAGAGUUUCAAUAAAAUCUAGACAGCAACUUACAUUAUUCAUAAUAACCUUAUCAAAUGUCACUUUUCAACCCCCUAAGUUAUUUAUACAUUCAAUAAUUUGACAACAGGCAGAUUUUUAAAUGUUUGCAUUUAGUAUUUCCUUUUAACAUAGCACAGUGCUAGCUCGUGAAUAUCUGAAAUUAAAGGGAAAAAUAUUACAGAAAACAUUUUAUUUAUUGAGUAGAAAUAAGAUUUUAGACAUACAUGUUCACUGUAUUUUAAAAAUUGUCAUAAUGUUUAUAAAAUUCCGAGAUGAUUUUCAUCUUAGAAGGCAGAUAACCGUCACUCAACUUUAAUGUUAAAUAAACCUCAAAGUAUCCAAAAUUAUUAAUUAGGAGAAACGUAGAUUUUAAGAUAAAUCCAACUCUUAUCAACUUCUCCAGCCUCCUAUAUGAUAGAUGGAACAAGGUAAAAACCCGGAUUAAGUAACUGGGAAGAUACAAACUAACAUAUGAUUAAUUUUGAAAAGUAUAGCCAAGACAAAAGCAAGUAUUUAUAAUAAAGUUUUGCUUCUUCUUUGAAGCUUUUAAGCAAGAAAAUAUUUUUGAACAUUCUUGUUUAUAAACUACUGAGCCAUCCUUCAAGCAAAAUCUAGCUUAAAAGUCUGAAACAUUUGUAAAAGCUUCACUGUUACUCUAGAUCAGCCAAAAUCCUGGUAUCCCCAUUCCAGAUGAAGAAUUCCCACUGAGAAUUGUAGUCUAGGGAUUUUUACCUUGGUUGCAAUUGUCUUUUCUUCCUAACUGCUUGUCGUUUGUAGGUUCUUUUUCUGUUUUUUCUCCAAUGUUACUGAUAUUUUGUUUACAGAUUCCCAAUUAAAGCAAUGCAAAAUUCUGUUGGCUUUAUUUUCAGUAGAGUUAAAACUGAUUUCAUCAUAUUAUCAGCUUCUCACUUUUAUAUUUAUGACGAGAUCUGCUAAUGCAGUGAUUAUUAGAAAUUUGUGAAUGGAUCUGUCCAGGACAUUUGUCAUUUCCUACCUGAAUCUCUUACCUACUGGGAUAUGGCCAACCAGAAUCUUCAAGGGUGUAAAUUGCCUUUGGUAAUGGUUCGGUAGUCACUGGUUUUUAAUGACUAGAUGAUCAAAAAGUACCCAUACCUUUACAUGCCCCAUAGCCUGGCAUUUUCCCUCUCCAGUCUAUAUCCCUAUUUUAUGGACUUUUCUAGAACCUAGUUGCUAAUGAUAAUUAGGCCUACCCACCUUCUUAAUGAAGAAUAUGCCAUUCUACUUUCAAAACUUGUUUUUAAAUGCUGUUUCAUGGAGACUCUACUAUCCAGAACCUCAUUCUAGAAUAUGCUUUUUUGAAAAUUGUCUUCAUCUGCUCCACCAAGACAUUUCUAUCCUGUUGCUAUAGUAGUAAACAAACGCAAGCCAAUAUUUGCAGGAAAUACCCUAAAAUUCUACCUACAUGACAGUAAGCAAUCUAUGUCAACUGACUUUUUAUUCUGUAUAAAUAUUAAUCUUGGCAUUGUAUAAAUAGAGCACCAGAGUGACCCAACCCCAAAUCACACAAGCAUAUGCGUGUUUAUAAACACAUACCCACAUGUUCAUAAACUAGGGAAAAAGGGAUUGGAAUAUAUGAGGUACUUUUCAUUACAGAAAGAAACCAAUAUGAUUGAGCAUCUACUAUGUCUCAGGUAUGCUAGUAGAGUCAAUCAACAUUAUCUUCAUCACAAUCUCACUACAGCUGUGAUUUCUCUGAUUAUAAGACCAGUUUUCCUGUAACCUAAUUCCUAAUUGAUAAAAAUUUAUGGAUUUUGCAGAAUAAUUAUAUCAAAUGUUAAAAAAUACAAUUAAUUUAACAUGAUAUACAUAGAAUACAAAGAUGCUCUUCACAUAUUUGGAUAUUUAAUGUAUGGACUGACUUCUUCUACUUUAAUUUUUAAAAAGUUAUUUGCCAAUAAUCUAUUAGUCUUAGAGCACAUGGGAAAUUCAUAAGAACUGAGUUCAUAGCGUUUUAACUCUAAAGCAAAUGCCAUUAUAAAAUUAAAUGUUCCUAUGUAAUAUCCAAUAGAUAUUUGAAUUUACCCAGAAGAGACAUAACUUUUUUAAAUAUUCUUUAUCACACUAUACUCAGUUAGGAAAUAUUUCCAUAAUCAAAACAUAAUAUACCACCAAAUGAGAAACAAAGAGCUAGAUUAAAAUUUGCUGGUGAAAUGAAGUAAUGUUAUUAAGAGCCUUCCUUAAUAAAGAUUCCCUGUUUUAUUUUAUUACUUCCAAUUUCAUUAAUUGCUGAGUGUUAUUGGUUAGAUUUUACACUUGAGGUAAUUGGGUAAAGGGCACUGAUCAUGAAUAAAACGAACAAUCAUAAAUUCACUCUCAGGACUUAAGAGCUGUGAGUCUAUUUCUAGACCUUAACAGACAAGGCAGAUAUUCUAAAUGCUGAAGAAAAAUAAGACAAGUCCAGACUCUAUAGUCAUUCUUAAACAAAUUCAAUGUACAGAACAAUAAACCUUGAUAAUACACAGAAAUGAAUGGCUGAUUUGGCUAAACAACUCGCAAUGUCAAAGGAAAAGCCACAGCCAUAAAACUUAGUGUAGUGCAACUAAGUCUUAAUGGAUAUCUGAAAUGUUUUAUUUUCAGAAGACUAUGUUGGAAUAAUAAGAACAAUAUGUCUUAGUAAAAGCUGGGUCAACAUAGUUUUGUCUGGCUUUUAAAGAAUAGAAGAGUUUAUAUCCUUUUAAACUAUGUUAAAUCUCUAAACAUGAUAAAAAGAGAAAACAACUUUCUGAAGGAAAAGAUUUUAUGUGGUUAACCCAUCAAUCUUUGAAUUCUAUAAAUAUUAUAUUUAAUAUUUUUACUUCUCAAUUGCAAUUAAAACAGGGGUUGGAAUAUUUGUGUAUGAAAUAGGGAAACUCAAUGUGAAUUAUUGUACACUAGUCAGUUCCAGAGUCAAGAAAAAAUGUUUUCAAAUGUUUUAAGUCACUCAGCAAACAUGAAUAUCCCCAGCAAUUUAUUUCCUAUGCAUCCACAGCUGUCUACAAUAAACAGCCAUCAAAACCAAGAUCUGAUUGAAUGAACAUAAGCUUUCAGAAUAAUACAUAUGAAGAAAUCUUACAGAGCUCAGUGGUCAUAAGUAUUUUUCUCUCUCUUCUCUCUUCCCCAUCAAAUUCUCAUCACUCCACAAUCAUCAUUUUCCUCGUAGCAGAAAGAUUCAUCUAAGUUCAUUCAAGACUAAACCUGGACAUGAAAUAUCUUAAGUACAGGUGUUCCUUCAAACGUAUUUAUGUAUAAAAAUAUGUGGUUGUUUUGCAAACUUUCAUUUUCAUGAAAUCACUUUUAAACAUUGAAAAACUGAUAUCUUAAAAUAGAAUUCUAUUUAUGUUCGCAUUUACAUGUGGGGACCAUGUAUAGAGUUGAGAAGUUUAAUAUGGCUCUUUCCCUCACAGAACAAAGUACAACUUUGGCAUUUUAGGGGUUGCUGUCAGAAGCUAAUCAAAGAAGAGUCAAUAUGUGCAAAAUUGCUGCAGAAAUUUGUUUCAGCAGACAAAAGGCUCUUCUCAUUCUUAUGAAGCUCAUAAUCCUACAAGAAAAACAAGACCAACAUGACAUUACCUCAAGAUAUAACUGUUUGGCAAUAUUUAGAAUACAAAUCUGAGAUGUCAGAAAUAUGAUUUUAAAGAAGCAUUUGUUAAUGGUCCAUUUGAAAUCUCUAAGAUGACUUUUAAUAUAAUGAUCAAUUUUACAUAUUCUCAUUCUACUUUAUGGACUCUAAUUAGAAGUAUCUGAUAACUUAAUUCUUCACUGAUUACACAGGAAACUAAUGUCAGCUAAGACCCUGUAAUAUUUUUCUGAUAUGUUCAGCUUGUUGGUAUAAUCUCAUCGCUCAGCAGCAAACCUCAUUUACAGGGGUUGCACAUUGGAGAGCGAUUUUGUUACUGACAUGGUUAGCACCAAAUGAUGACAAUGCUGACAUAAACUAAAUCUACAGGAUUCUGCUUCUAAUAUUCAAAUACAGUAGUCCUCCAUAUCCUCUGGGGAUCCAUUUUAAGACCCCUAGUGGAUGCCUGAAACUGUGGAUAGUACCAAACUCUGUAUAUACUGUUUUUUUGAUCUGAUAACCAAGAUGGCUACUAAAUGACUAGCAGCAGGCAGGCAGCAUGCACAGCAUGAAUACACUGCACAAAGAGAGGAUUCAUGUUUUGGGUGGAAUGGAGGUUGACUGCAGGUAACUGAAACUGCAGAAAACCAAACCAAACUGUGUAUAAGGGGUAACUAUUGUAACCUCUUUUGACAAAAGGGAUCAUGAGUGUUUGUGUACAAUGUUGUUGGGCCUAUUUACAUUCUUCUACAACAAGCACAUUCAUGAUAAAGCCAAUAUAAGAUUAUUAAUUCAUAUUUCAGAAAUGACAUCUGGAAAAAUAAAAGAGCUAAAUGAAGUAGUACAGCUAGGACAGUACAUUGUCCCAAAUGUCCAAAUCUGGAUCCAGCAAGAUAACAAAGGAUAGUUUUAAUGGCCAAUAAACAGUGAAUUCACACUGCUUUCCUGCCUGGCCUCAAUGGAGAAGCAUCUGGGUUAAGUCCAUGCUACAGACUCUCAACUGGAAUAAUGGAAAUAAAAGUACUUCAUGAAUUAUAAAAGUUAAAAAGGCAGGAUAAACCGUGGAGUCAGCUGUAGCUCCUUCAGCAUAUCUGAGCCCUGAACAGCACCUGUAAGUGGUUAGUUCAUUCCUCACAGAAUAAUGAACUUAAUUCUUGUGCAUUAGGUUGUUCUCUGACUUCCAAACAGGAGAGAGUAUGAACUUCCUCAAAAAUGGUGUGACUGAUAUUGACAAAGAUGGAGGCUUUUCAAAAAAAAAAGAAAUAAAUACAAGGUAGCAGAAUAAGGCUCCAUCUAACCAGAGAUCAGAAUUCGGAAGUCAAUAGGAACAUAAUAUUCCUGAAAUGGCACAAGAUGCCCUAGUAAGGAGGCCAAAUAUUUAAUCCUUAGCCAAGAAUAAUAAAACAUUUCUGCCUUCAUAUACAUAAGAGUUACCCAGGAGCUUAUCUUAAAAUGCACUUUCUUUUGGUCUUGCCCUAAGUAAUUCUCAUUUAUUAGAUGAUUUUGAUACCUAUAGUCUUCUGAGCAUACCUUGAAAACCACUGAGCUCAGGGCCCUCAGAGCCUUCAAGCUCACAUAAUUCUUAAUAAGCAAGUAAACGGAAAAAUCCUUGAGGAUAAGUCUAUUUCAUCUUUGUAUUUCACAAAUUAUCUAAACUACUUUUUAGUUAAUUAUUUAUUAUCUAUUGGAUGAUGUCCCUAAAUAUCUGUAAAAUGAAUGAGUAAAUCAAUCCCAAGCUCAGAAAUAUAUUCUAAAUUGGGUAUUGAUAAUACCCAAUUUGCCUAUAGAUAUAUCUUCACAAUCAGAUAACUCAUUGUGCUUGUUUUAUGUUUUAAAUAGUUCUCCUGGCUCAUUGAAAGGCACUGCAUGAAGUGUGCCAGAUGAUGGUCAGAACAAUUCCUAUGUAUGUAACGUGCAUGACAAUUUCAGUGGUACUCUCAUGUCCACCAUCCACUUUAAUAAUGAGAAAAAGGAAGACUAAAACAUUUUCUCCGCUUUCAAGGAGAUUACAAUUUAGUGACAAUGUAUUAACACAGAAACAUGCCAGAAGAAAAAAGAACACAUAAUUGGAAGCCAAAUUGUGUGAUUUCAGACUACACACAGCUGAGUUCUUCAGAGGAAAGGGGGCAUCCCUGGGGCCUGGAGUAAUUAAGGAGGGCUUUGUAAAGUAGGUAGGACUUCCUCUAAGGAUAUUAUUUGAUUUAGAUAGUUAAAGAAAAGACGAUCCAUGUGAGAAAAAAUAAGAUGAGUAAAGGAAAGGAGACAUAAAUAAAUCUUAAAGCAAGGCUCUUGAUAUUAAGAGUGUAUCCAGAGCAAAUAGAAUUCAUCAGGGAUUGAUUAAGGAAGGCAGCUAAUCCAAAAAAGGAAAAAAAAAAA